ACUCAGCUACUGAUGAAAUCGUCUGACUGCCAUGGCACAUACCGACACUGUCGGCGGCACAAUGCUGGGCCGCACCUUGGGGCGCCGAGGGGUGCGGCCGGGCGGCGGACGGCAAAGCAGACCAGGGCAGAGGCACAGCACGACCUGGCGAAGAAGCAGCAGCGGCGCGACUCGGAUUGGAUAAGGGCACGAGGAUGACGCCAACCUGGUCUGAAGGCAUUCUACCAGGCCGAAUAAGGCAUUGGAUGGCGGAGGGCACAUGUGGCGUGCUCGAAGGCGUGCCAACAGUUGGCACGCGCUCAAGCUCGCUGCUGGCCCCAUGGAUAGCCGUUCGCGACAACGCAUAUCCAGGCGAGCUGUCUUCACAGCCUGGCGGCGUAAUACACGGCGUGUAAGUCACGGACUAACUUUUCAUGCCGCAAGCUGCAACCUUGCCGUCGCUGGCCGGGAAGGCUCGCAAACCGGCUACCAUCAAGAAUGCGGAUGUUGGGUUGGGGCCCCGAAAGGCCGGCGAGGCGUCUUACAGCCCUGAUGCAGCAACGUUGCCUGGUAUUCGGACGAGCGGUAUGCCGACUUUCCACGCCGAGUCAACUCCCACGCUUUGGGCGCCCUCCUGCCCGGCGGCCUUUGGCCCGCUGCAUCCAGCCGAUGGCGCCUGCUUCUCCCCCAGCCCUCCAGCCAGCAGCACCCCUACCGGCGACACCAGCAAAGCCAGACACAGCGGCAACGCCCCUUUGUGGCGGCGUUUUGUUUUCAUGAAACCGGGCCACACCACCAGCAGCCAUGCCCUUAACGGCAGUGGGCCUCAGCCGCAGUCGUGUCGGGCUGCGGUGCCGCGUGCGAAGCGGUCUCUGCCGGCGUCGGUGGCCGGGGGCGGAAGCGGGGGCGGAUCCUCCGGUGUGGAGGGCUGCAGGAGGCUGGCGGAGCUACGGGCUGUCGUGGCGGGCGAGAUGGGCCCGGACUUCCCGGCCGCGCACUGGCCGCCCAACGCGGCGCAGGCCGGCGCGCUGCUGGGCUGCGGCCUGUCUGCGGCCGGGCUGCGGGGCCGGCUGCGACAGCUGCAGCAGGACAUGGGAGCGCCGGUGCUCAGUUACCUGGUGUACGCCGCGCCGGGCCUGUUGGCGAGUGACGAGGUGCGGCAGCUGCUGGAGGCGGCGGCGGCGAUGACGGCGGUGGCGGCUGAUGCGGCGGCGCCCAACAGCAGCAGGCGCUGCGGCGCCGCCGAAGGCAUUGGCGCUAGUGGCGGCGGCGGCAGUAGUUGCGGCGGCGGCAGCAGCAGCAGCAGCAGCAGCAGCAGCAGCGGUCGCAGCAUGGAGGUGGCGGCUGUGGAUGUGUUCCGUGCGGCGCCGGCGCUGAUGGGCCUGCGGGCGGAGGCGCUGUGGGGCCGGGGCUUGGCGCUGAUGGCGGAGCUGGCUGCGGACGGCAGGGACGAGGCCUACUUCCGAGCCAUGCUGCGGGCACAGCCGCACCUGCUGGCAGCGCCGGCCGAGGAGCUGAGAGCCAGGCUGCAGCUGCUGCGGGAGGUGGCGUCGGCGCCGGGUUCAGCAGGGCUUGCAACGGCAGCAGCGCCCGGAGGCGACAGCAUGCGGCGGUCCAGUGGUGCGGCCGCUGGCGGCGGUGGCGGCGGCGGCGGUCACGGCGGUUGGCUCCCGGCCUGGGGCUCUGAGCUGGCGUUGGCAACGCCGGCGAAGCUGGGUGCGCUGCUGCACACGAGCCGGCGGCGGCUGUUGCGGCUGCGGUACGUGCGGCAACAGCUGGAGGCAGUCAGCGCUGCCGCAGCAGCAGCUGCCAGCAAAAGCAGCAGUGGCGGGAGCAGUAGCAGUAGCAGUAGCGGCUUGGAGCCGUGGCAACAGCAACGGCUGCAGCAGGAGCGGCAGCGGCAGGAGCAGCAGAUGCUUGGGCGGUGGCGGCCGGCGGAGCCGAUGAUGGCGGUGGUGCGGUACCGGGGCGCGGAGUGGGCGCGGCGGCACCCGGGCUAUGCGGACUGGGAGGCGAACUACCUGCGGCAGGAGCGGGAGCAUGCGGAGGCGAUCACGGAGUGGACGCUGGCGUACCCGUAGGGUCCGUCGGCACGGGGUGGAUGGCGAAACGCAUGGCUGUUUGGCGCUUGACUGUGGGUGGGAAUGUGGGAUUCCGCUCAGCGCUGUGUGCGAUGUUUGAUGAGUGCGGAUUGCGAAUGGCGGCGGCCUGGUUUGAGUGCAGGGGUGUUUCUGGAUGUUGCUGCGGCUGUCGCGUUGAGGCACCAAAGGUCAAUCCGUAUACUUGGGCGGAUUCAGUGGUGGCAGUGUGUGAUCUGGCUGUGCAUAAGCGCUGGAUUUGUGGCACGUGCAACGUGAAUUAUGCUGAAGCUGUUCAGUUUGGAACCCGGCGAGCUUGUCGAUGUCCCGAAUACCGUGGGGGUAUGUCCCUAAUACCGUGGGGCCAUGUCGCACCCGUGGAGCGAGCGCACUGUAACGCUGUGAGUUG